AUGGAUGUUGUGCUCGAUGUCCUCGACACAUUCGUCCUCGAUAGAGUGUACGCAUCAGUCCUGCCUGGUGGGAAUAGUACCUCGGAUUUUGAUACAACGUUCUUCCUAAAUCAACAUGUUGGCCGUUACUACCCUCUUCAACCCUCUCCAUGGGCGACCGCCAGUCGCUGGAAGCGCGAUGACCUGCCGAGACAAGCUACCUCAUUGUUGUUCAUCACAUGGCUCUUCGGUCUAGCCAUAUACUUCAUCGGCAGCACCAUCUUCUACCACACAUGGUGGGACAAGACCUUGCUCAAACAUCCACGGUUCCUGAAGAAUCAAGUCCGUCUCGAAAUCGAGCAAGCCUUGUUCUCCAUCCCGAUAAUGGCUAUCCUCACGGUCCCGUUCUUCCUAGCAGAGAUUCGUGGCUGGUCUAAGCUGUACGAUUUCGCCAGCGAAGCUCCGUUCCCUGCGUACAACUGGCUCCAGUACCCCCUAUUCGUGGCAUUCACCGAUUCCGGCAUUUAUUGGAUUCAUCGAGCGGAACAUCACCCUUUGGUAUAUCGGUGGUUGCACAAGAGACAUCACAAGUGGCUCGUGCCGACACCUUAUGCGAGUUUCGCGUUCAACCCACUGGACGGGUGGGCGCAGAGUCUCCCGUACCACGUCUAUCCGGUACUGUUCCCACUGCAGAAGGGUGCAUAUAUGGGCUUGUUUGUUUUCGUCACACUGUGGACAGUUUUGAUCCACGACGCCGACUGCCUUUCUCAUUCUGCUAUCAUCAAUGGCCCCGAAUGCCACACCCUACACCACCUGUACUUCAAUUAUAACUAUGGGCAGUUCACAACGUUCUGGGAUCGUGUUGGAGGAACCUAUCGGAAAGCCCGCGGCGACGAGUUCAAGAUCGUCAAGAGUGAGUAG